UGGACCGGCUCGCGCUUGGCAAUUAAAACAUACUUGCCCUAUGCUACACCCGACUAGAGUUUAUACUUGGGCUCUAGUCAAGAUUUAAUUAACGGUGUAAUCCGUGGUGAGUCAUGUUUUUGGCACCGUUGUCGGGAAACUGUGGUCCAUUAUUUUGAAAAAGUGGCUCAGUGUUACUCUAGCGUUUUCUAUCUUGCCUUUUGUUUUUGUCUUGUGUUUCGUUUGUGUUUUGUUUACCACAGUUCGUCUUGAAGGGUGAUUUCUGUGUGUUUGAUUUUUCUAUUUAGUGUUUUUGUGUUUGUAGGUAUUGAAUCAUGGAUCCUUAUGGUUUCACCCAAGUGUGGGGGUAUCCACCACCACCCGAGAGUGGUUACCCUAGAACUUCAUGGGAUUGUCAAAAUGGGGGAAGUCAAGGAUCCAGGUUCUACUACCAACCUCCCUUCCAAGAGGAGCAAUCAUACUCGGGGGGAUAUCAAGAAGCAUCCCCAUAUCAAGAAGGUUUCCGUCCACAACUCGACAUGAAAUUCAAGUUGUUGUUGGCCAUGGAGGCUUUCAUUGGACAAACUUCAAUACCAUGUGCACUCCAAAACCGGAGCUAAAGAGAGAAUUACAGCCCAUGGUGGAGCGAUUUGCCCGAGGCACCGAUGAAGGGUGCUCUAUGAUGGACCUCCCAAUUUCCUACCCUUUCGACUCAACCUUUCUUCGGGAAUCAGAGGAGCUCCUUCGACACAUGGAGAGGCUAGGAGGGUUGGUUGAGCAAGCAUGUGCCCAACUUGCCACAAUCGUCUCCUACCAUUUGAAGGAAGAGAGGAAGUCGGAGAGGUGAGCCUUGAGAACUUUAGAAUAAUGAGCUCCGACAUGGAUUUUUUGCCUCUCCCUCAUCUCGGUUUGACACUAGAAAAGAAGGUGGGACGAGCUUGUGCACGCCAUCGCCUCUCAUAAUUGGAAGAAGAAAUGGAGGUAGGAGGGGAGGUCAAUGAAGACCAUGUGGAACGAGAAGUAAUCAUCCCGGAGAGCACCCGUGGUGAGGAUUGUCAAGAGUGUCUCAUUGCGACUCUAAUCACUUUACCCUUCCCGUGAACAACCUUGAAGACCAAGUCACGAGGCAAGAGGAGCAAGAGAAUCCCUUCUAUGAUCUUUUAUGGAAUCUUGCCCUACAAAUCGUGUUUGAAGAAACAAAUGGGAAGGUGAGAGAAGAGUGAGAGGAAGAGAGAAGGCAGUUUGUGGAAGAGGAAGUGAAAAUCGAAGAAAGGGAAGAUCUUGAUUGUUCCCAAGGGGAAGAAAUUGAAGAAGGAAGGGAUGUUUAGGAAAAAGAGGAAGGUGAAAGUGGUGAUCAAGAGGAGGUUGAGGUCGAGGUGGAUGAAGCAUCUACGAGUUAUAAGUGCUUCCAAUGCUUUCUACCCGACAUUGACGCGCUUUCAAGAAGGACCCAAUUGCGGCUCUUUGCCAAGCCAAGGCCAAACAAUCGGUGAUCCCUCUUGGUGGAUGUGAUGGAAGUCAAUCGAUGAUGCAUUACAUGGUGGGGGCAAAGAGAAGAAAGAAGAUGGAAAGAAGGAGAGGUCUCAAGGAUGACGGCUUCAUCUCACUCCAGUUCAUGAGUCAUCAUCGAAUGUCAUUCCAUAUUCUCAUGACGUGAGGCUCCCCCUCGAAGAUGAGAACCUUAAAUUCAAGGAGGUUCUCGGAUGGACUAAAGCUUAAGGAGAAACCGUCUAGCUUGACGCAAAAGUAGCGCUUGUUGGGAGGCAACCGAACGAAAGUUUGUGUUUGUUUUAUGUUAAGUACUAAUAUUGUGUAAUAACCUCGUGUUGCGUGAGUAUGUGUUUUUUUGUGUGUUUAUUGGCUUUGACCUUGGAUUGUUUGCUUGUGAUCGAGUGCAUCCUAUUAUGAUGAUUGAGAAUAGAAUUAGGUUGGUGCAAGUGUUUAGUUCUCAUGUGUGUGUGUAAAUGAAUGGAUGUCUUGACUUGGUUACUCAUUGAUUACAAUUGCCAUGCAUCAAAAUUUGUGAAAUUGGAAUAAAUGAUUGGGUGGCUAGGUAGCCAUGUGAGCUUUGUGUCGAUCUUCUUUUUCACUAGUGGGUAUGAUGGAAGCAUAGGUUUAGUCCACACCCAAAAGUUGAUUGUCCCGAAACAUUUUAUCCCCUACUCAACCCCUUUGAGCUGUGUGACUUUGAGUUUUUCUCAUGUUAGGACCUUCUUGCUUUUUGAUCUUAAUGAUGAUUGAUAGAACGACCCUUUUCCUUUCUUCUUGUCUAAACCGUUGUGAGUCAUCCUUGUGUCUCGGAGUUCCUUCUUUUGAGAUCCAUUGAGGUUCUACAUAGGUGCAUUUUGCAUGGUUCUUGCUAGGAAUGAACAGGUAGUGUUGGAGGAAGUUCUUAAUGGUGAGCAUUGUUUGUUAAAUGUUAAAGUGGCUUGUGUUUAGCUCUCUAGUACCCCCCCCCCCCUCGAAAAAAAAAGAAGAAAGAAAAGAAAAAGGAAUCGAAAAGAGGUAAUAAACGGGUAAAUAAAAG